UGACUCACUCUCUUUUCUUUUUUUCCUCAUUUUUUUGAUUCCUUUAUCCCCCUCUAAAGGUUUAUUUGACAUUCAUACAAGGAACAUUACAAAGCUUUUUCCUCUGGCUAUAACAAAAAGAAAAGACUAUACACCAAGAAUUUCAGAUAUUGCAUCAAAUCUUGUUAUCCUUCAAGGCAACCUCACUGUUAUGGAAACUCAUCAUCAACACCAAAAGAACACAGAAAACGAUGUGCCAAAGCAACAGAAUCAAAUUGAAGAAGCAGUGAAUAGAGAACUAGACCAAACAUCUUCGUCACCCUCUUCCCCUUCUCAAGAGUUCUCCUUCACAAUCUCCCUCCACCACUCCACAUUCCCAUCUGAUAAUUCCAAAGCCCCACCUAAUUCAUCAUCUCUUGCACUUGAUUUGUCUCCUGCUGAUGACAUUUUCUUCCAUGGUCACUUGCUCCCUCUACAACUCCUUUCACACCUUCCUUCGUCGCCUCCUCGCUCUUCAACUAAUUCCAUGGACAGCUUCACCCUCCCCAUCAGAGAGUUAUUAGAAGAUGAAAGCCACUCCAUUAAGGACAGUAGUGGCAGCAGCAGGAGCAGCACCUCAGACAGCAAUAACAGCAGCAAAAGAGACCAAGACAACAACAACAACAACAUAGGAAAAAAGGUACAGGGUAAGUCCAAAUUUGCUUUUUCAUUAUUUGGAUUAACCAAGGGGCACAAAGGGUACCAAGAUAAGGAAGAUAAGGUGAAGCACAAGAAGAAGGUGAGGUUUGAUGUGAUCCAUGCAAUAAAAAAGUACUUGAGAAUGGUCCAGCCUAGGAUGCUUUUCAAAGGACAAAGGGAGAAAAUUAGACCCCGGGGACAGUGCUAUUCUUAUUCAGGAAAUGUAACUCCGAGGAAUUAUAAGCAGGGUUGGAGAGGACAAUAUUCAGCACCAGCAUCAAUGACGACUUCUCCUACAAACAGUGGUUUAUUGAUUGCAACCACACCUCUUCCUCCUGCUAGUGACAGUACCAUGGAAGAGUUGCAAGCAGCCAUUCAAGCUGCAAUUGCUCACUGCAAAAAUUCAAUUGCAAAAGAAGAGAAGCUCAAGUGCUGAUUUUUUGUGUUUCCGUACGUAUCUUACUUCAAAGACAAUGUUGUUCAAGACAUCUUACUUUAUAGACAAUCCUGUUCGAGACAUAUCAGAUCACUAAAUAUGUACAUCUCUCUCAAUGAACCAUGAUUUGUCAGGUUGUGAAGGAUUAGUUCCUUUUACUAAACCCAGAUUAUGUCAGUUAAAAUACAAAAUCAAGUCUUGAUUCAUGGAUAGGAGAGAAUUUUUCUUUUCCCCUUUUUUGUCUCUUGAGUUUUAUUUCUUAUCAUUGAUUUUGCAUGUGGUAUUUAAGUAAUUGUGUACAUAAAAAAUGUACCAUAAUAAUGUGAUUAAAAAAGUCACAACUGGAAAUAAUACCUCAAAUGUUAUUAGAUUA